CUUAGCUUUCUCCUCCAUCGCUUACUCCCCUUCUUGCUGUUGUAAAUCUCAUUAGUCAUGAUGCAGGAUCUCAAACUGCAGAACAAGGUGAACUCCAUCAUGGAGUACCUCACCACCUCCCUCGACACUCCCUACCAUGGAUCCAGCUCGAUGACCCCGUGUAUUUACGAUACAGCCUGGCUAGCCAUGAUCAUCAAACCAGAGGGCGUCUUCAAUGACCAUAGCGACGCAGCCCCGCAACUGCACUCACAAUGGCUCUUCCCCGAAUGCUUCCAGGCUGUGCUGGACAGCCAAUCGAUCGACGGGGGCUUUGGCUCCUCGCGCGCCAGUCGCGUGGACGAAGUGAUGACCGCAAUGGCAGCGGUGCUUGCUCUGAGCAAACACGCGCACAAUCCUACCGUCACGCCCCCCUCCAGCUCGCCAUCAGACCUACAAGAACGCAUCGACCGGAGCAUCCGCUACCUUCACUCCGCCCUCUCCACCUGGGACAACGAGGCCGUCCUUGCCACCGAUCACGUCGGCUUCGAAAUUCUCAUUCCCUGCCUCCUCGAUCUCCUCGAAGCCGACGGGGGCAUCGACCUUCGCGCCAGUUUUCCCGGCCACGCGGCGUUGAUGCAGCUGAACGCGCGCAAGAUGGCUCGCUUCCACCCCUCGAUGCUCUACUCGACCCGCAAAACCACGCUCCUCCAUGACCUUAUACUUACUAUAACCUUGCCAGCCCCCGGGGUGGUCCCCGACGCUGACGACACGGCCAAGUGCAUCUUCCUUCUCAACAGCACGGGCCGCCAGACGAGCUGUGACCGCAUGAUCGAGGUGUUUGAGGAUGAGGCACAUUUCAAGACCUACGAUCUGGAAGUGACGGAUUCGUUCAGCGCCAACUGCAACGUUCUCAAGGCGUUGCUGACAUCGAGCAAUCCGGCUCGCCACCAGCCACAGAUCUCUAAGGUGCUCCGGUAUUUGUGCCAGCGGUGGCAUCGAGGGGGAUUGACUGACAAAUGGAAUCUGCGCCCGCAGUACUCGAUGAUGCUGCUCACCGAGGCACUGGUACUGGCCUUGAAACGGUGGGACCACGGCGACCUGCCGGAGAUCCUGCCGGAGCUGAUGGGUCACCAGGGGAUUCUGCGGGUGCUCGCAGAGAUCACGGUGCAGCUGCUUCAGACGCCGCACGCAGCAGAGAUCACGGGCGAUGCUGCGUCGGCGGAAGUCACCGGGUAUACGCUGCCGUGGAGCCUUCCGUCGGGGGAGAGAAUCGACACGGCCAUUGUAGAGGCCACCCGGCACCUGCAGAGCCACAAAGGCACCUGGACCCUUGCUCAGGAUCAUUGGAUCGAGAAAGUCAGCUACGGCUCGCGAUUGCUGUCCCUGACCUAUUGCGUGGCCGCGUUGGGAGCGCCGCAAUUCCAUCGCUGGGGGCCGCGGGUGCUCCGGCUGUGUCUACUGUCAGUGGAGGAGGAGCAUAAGGAGGAGACGCAACACAAGGCCCUGGAUGUCAUGUUGCCGAGUCGGUUGCAGGUCAUCGCGUAG